AGUGGAGCAGAUAAUAAAUGAGCUUGUGAUUCUUAGCCAAAUUAAUCACCAAAAUGUGGUGCAGUUUAUGGGAUGUUGUUUGGAAACUGAGGUCCCGGUAUUAGUUUAUGAAUACGUUCCUAAUGGCACUCUUUACGACCACAUUCAUAAUAAAGAAAGUGGAAGAAAGAGAUUGGCAUGGGAUAGUCUUUUAAGGAUAGCAUAUGAUACGGCUAGCGCACUUGCAUAUCUUCACACGGAUACUAUAAUGUCUACCAUACAUAGAGAUGUGAAGCCUACUAACAUUUUGUUGGAUGAAAAUUUAACUGCCAAGAUUGCAGAUUUUGGUGCCUCAAGGUUAAUCCCUGAGGAUUGCGAUCACGUUAGUACACUGGUUACAGGUACACUCGGUUACAUUGAUCCCGAAUAUUUCCAUACAGGUCAGCUAAGAGAUAAAAGUGAUGUGUAUAGCUUUGGAGUGGUUCUUGUGGAACUCUUGACAGGAAAUAAACCAUUUAGCAUGGAAAAAGCAGAAGAGGAAAGAAAAUUAGCAACAUAUUUUAUAAAACUAAAGAAGGAGAAUCGAUUGUAUGAGAUUGUUGAUCAUCAAGUGUUAGUGGAGGCCACAGAUGAGCAGCUAAAAGCAGCAAGUGGCCUGGCAUGUAGAUGCGGAGAUGCCUGGACCUAAAAGGGGAGAACAGACCCAGCAUGAAAAAAAGAAAUUAAUGUCUUUAU